AUGGAAUCAAAUAAUAAUCCUAAUAGUCAGUCUCAACCCUACUUUAGUCUUCUAAACUUCCCAUACGACAGCUUUGCUCCCAAUGUAAACAUUGGUUCCUCUCAAAUCCCUUCUUUUAGUUCACAAACUAGUUCACAGCCGAGUCAACCUCCUAGUCAAACAGAAGAGACAACAGAACAACGUAGGGAGAGAAGGCUGNGAAGGAUAUGGUCCGCACAAGAUGACUUAGUCCUAAUAAGCGCCUGGUUAAACACAUCGAAGGAUGCAAUUGUUGGGAAUGAUCAACCGUAUGGGUCCUUUUGGAAGCGCAUUGGUGAAUAUUAUGCAACAAGUGAUCAUGUCCUUGGUGGUGGUGAACCAAGGCUCUCAGAUCAUUGUAGACAACGAUGGCAAAAAAUCAGCAGGGAGGUUAGUAAGUUCUGUGGAGCAUACGCAGAGGCAAAGGGUGAGAAAGCUAGUGGCAUGAAUGAUGUGGAUAUUCUGCAGAAUGCUCACCAACUAUACACUAAGCUGUACAAGAAGAAGUUUGGUUUGGAGUAUGCUUGGAAUGUGCUUCGCUAUGAACAGAAAUGGAUUAAUUUAGAGCCUAUGAACCCCACUCCAAAGACAACCACCUCUUCCAAAAGGAAAGCGGAUGAGGCUGCACCAUCUUCAGGGUCUGUUGUGGGUGAGCACGAGAGCAGGCCUGCUGGAAUAAAGGCAAUGAAAAAAGCGAGGAACAAAGGUAAAGAGAAGGCUGCACCAUCGACAGAUUUUAGUCAAAUGUGGGAGAUCAAAAAGAAGGAUUUAGAGGGCAUGAAAGAACUUCAAAAGAUGUCCAUUCUUGACACUCUCAUUGCCAAGAAAGAAACGCUAGAUGAAGAUGAAAAAGCUCUAAAGAAGAAGCUAAUGGCUGAACUGUUUUAG